AUGUCUUUAAAUAGGAAACAGAGUGGAACAAGCUUUACAAAAGUAGGAAACCUAAAACAACACCAGAGAGUCCACAUGGGAAAGAAGUCUUACAAAUGUAAACAGUGUGGCAAAUGUUUUAGAGGAACAGUAAAACUAACAAUACAUGAACGAGUUCACACUGGGAAAAAACCCUAUGAAUGUAAACAAUGUGGCAAGAGUUUUAGUCAAUCAGGAAACCUAAAGUCACAUCAGAGAGUCCACACGGAAGAGAAGCCUUUUGAAUGUACAUGGUGUGGCAAGUGCUUUAGCAGAGUAGGGGACCAGAAAAGACAUGAAAGAGUUCAUACUGGAGAGAAGCCUUUUGAAUGUACAUGGUGUGACAAGUGUUUUAGCAGAGUAGGGGACCAGAAAAGACAUGAAAGAGUUCAUACAGGAGAGAAGCCUUAUGAAUGUAAACAGUGUGGCAAGUGUUUCAGCCGAGCAUUUACAUUGAAGGUACAUGAAAGAGCUCAUACUGGAGAGAAGCCUUAUGAAUGUAAACAUUGUGGCAAGUGUUUUCAACAGACAGGACAUUUGAGGGUGCAUGAAAGAGUUCAUACAGGAGAGAAGCCAUAUGAAUGUAAACAGUGUGGCAAUUGUUUCAGCCGAGCAUUUACAUUGAAGGUACAUGAAAGAGCUCAUACUGGAGAGAAGCCUUAUGAAUGUAAACAGUGUGGCAAGUGUUUUCAACAGACAGGAGAUUUGAGGGUGCAUGAAAGAGUUCAUACUGGAGAGAAGCCAUAUGAAUGUAAACAGUGUGGCAAAUGUUUCCGACAAACAGGAAAUCUGAGGGUGCACGAAAGAGUUCAUACUGGAGAGAAGCCAUAUGAAUGUAAACAGUGUGGCAAUUGUUUCAGCCGAGCAUUUACAUUGAAGGUACAUGAAAGAGCUCAUACUGGAGAGAAGCCUUAUGAAUGUAAACAGUGUGGAAAGUGUUUUCAACAGACAGGAGAUUUGAGGGUGCAUGAAAGAGUUCAUACUGGAGAGAAGCCUUAUGAAUGUAAACAGUGUGGCAAAUGUUUCCGACAAACAGGAAAUCUGAGGGUGCACGAAAGAGUUCAUACUGGAGAGAAGCCAUAUGAAUGUAAACAGUGUGGCAAGUGUUUCAGCCGAGCAUUUACAUUGAAGGUACAUGAAAGAGCUCAUACUGGAGAGAAGCCUUAUGAAUGUAAACAUUGUGGCAAGUGUUUUCAACAGACAGGAGAUUUGAGGGUGCAUGAAAGAGUUCAUACUGGAGAGAAGCCGUAUGAAUGUAAACAGUGUGGCAAAUGUUUCCAACAAACAGGAAAUCUGAGGGUGCACCAAGGAGUUCAUACUGGAGAGAGGCCAUAUGAAUGUAAACAGUGUGGCAAGUGUUUCAGCAUAGCACGUAACCUUAGGAGACACAAAAAAGUCCACACUAAACGAAAUAGGGGUACCUAUCAUAGUAACAGACGUCCGUCUAAACGUUUGCUUCGUCAGCGCAAUAGCGGAGGAAGUAACCGAGUUGAUAUGAGUUCAGGAAUUAAAAGCAACCGACUGACUCAAAGAGACACUAGAAACAGAAGUCGUGUAGUAAACUUCCAAUCAGCUACCGUUGAGACACACAGCUGUUGGAUUUGUCAAGAGGAGAUGAGUAGUGGAGUUCUUCUUCUUCAACACUAUGAAAAUCAUAUGAGACAUGUAGAGGAAGAUGAGCUCUAAAAUUAAAUGGUUCUCAGGGGCGUAGCUAGCGUUUCGACUAAUUAUAGGCCUGGCUGACUUUCAUUUCCACAUAUCCUGAAAAUUGCACGCUUGACUAGUACGCAAUGACCUCACCAACACUUUGAGUUCUUAAGCUUUUUAGCUCACCCCAACAACACAUAAUUUAUUAAAAGUGGUGAAGUGAUCAGAGCAGAAAUUUGUAGGCCCGGUCCUACAGGUCUGUGGGCUGGCUACGCCUCUGGGUCUCGUUCAGGUUUUCGUAUGUUUCGUUUCUGUUCUGUUAGGUUUUGUCAUAAGUCGAAGCAUCGAAACGUUUGGUUUAGGUUACUUGUCAUGAGUGGCUUUUAUUUUCAGUGGGUUGUUUUAUCUCGAUGAAAAGUUCGAAUUGUGAUUUUCUUAGGUGAUUUGAUGUAGUUAGCAGAUGUUGUUUUUUUGUGGACGGGAAGAAAAAUUCUUUUGCAAUCCCGUUAUGUUCUUUUGGCGAUGGAUAAUUCAAAUUACUUUUUGAAAGAGAAAACAUUUCUUAAAUAUUUUGAAAUUUAACAUAUGGACAGACAAUCCUGUGAGAUGAGCUCGUUGAAUAUCUUUAGAAAAUAUAAUAAUACAAUAAAGCAGCCAGAGGUUUUUUUAAAACAGUGUCUUAUGAAUGGCCGACUCUAGAGUGACAUGGAGGAAAACCUUAUGUUCGCCUCAUUUCCUUGACAACCCAUCCGCAUAAAUGUUGACAUUUUUCCGGAUUUGAACGCAAAAGGAAAGAUAGCGGCUAUGUUUCGGGGCGACAGCCUAAGGAAAAGGUUAAAAAAAAACACACACAAAAUAGAAUUCCGAGAACAGCGAGAACUGAACAUUCGUGAUUGCAGUUUAUUGUGUGUUUUGUUGUAGCCUCGUGUUGAGUACUUUCGCAACCCUAGUGGUUCAGAAAAUAUACGUAUCGAGAGCGUUCUGACUUUGUUCCUAUUCGUAGUCAGGAAACACUUCUCAAAUGGACUGACAUUUAACAUUUGAUCAAACACGCCUACAAGGACUUGAAAAACAAAUUGACCCGAGAGAAUGCGAGCUUCCAAAUCAUCUUUUUCACUUUUGUCGACUCUCAAGUGACGUAGAAUGCUACCUCUUGUUCAGAGUUCUUCCAUGAAAAAUUAUCCAGGGCCCAGUUGUUGGAGAGCCAAUAAACGCGAACCCGGGAUUAAAUUUUGAUCUGCGUUUCUUGCUCUUCCGUUCAAAAGCAUUUUAUCGGUUAAUUUUCUUUAUUCUCUAUAGCGUAUCAAAUCAUUGCAUUGCAGGCAAAAAGAACUAAACUGAAUUUGCUUUUCAAGCACUCAUAUCUGAUUUUAAAAUUCGCACUGACCCUGGGUUAUCUUAACCCUGCUUUGAAUAUCCCGGCCCAGGGUUACUUUUCACGUUUUUGACUCCACAAAAGCACAAGCGUCUCCUUGACCCGGAAGUCAAAGUGAAUACCCACAAAAACACAUUGGAAAACACCUUCUUACUAUUUUUCCUUUUUCUUUCUAAGCGUUGUCUUCGUAUCCUUCUGUCAAAAAAGAAAUAACCACCCCAUUUCUUAUCUAAGAAAAUAGACGCCAUUUCGUGACGUGACCAGUGGUUUCCACGCGAAAUGACGUCUGAGGAACGAGCGCACAAAUUCCAUACUGAUGAUGUGACACUAUCCGGAUCAGGGUAGUGCUUCUGACUGGUUGAGGCAAAUUUUUAGCUAGUAAGACGAACUACCCAGAUCUGGGCAGAAUUGCUUUGAUGGGAUUAUUCUUCUAACUCGUUUCUUGAUACUUGUCAGGUUUCGUGAUUUGGUAGAACUUUUAAGCACCGUUUUUUUUUAGCGCUGGACGGCAACCGUAAAAGAGUUUCUGCAUUCUUAGGCGGUUGAUUACUCCAAAUUUUCGGUCAACUCGUCUCUAUAAGAGUAAAGAAAAGAAGUAAUACAAAUUUGGUAGCGUCAAACCAACGGUAAAAUCAUCAGCAUCAAAAAUAUUUCUGGAAUGUUUAAUAUUAUGUUGCAGAGAAAAGCCAAUCGGGCGUGAGAUGACGUCAUUUUAUUGCUACUAGCAGAAUGCAUUUCUUUUUUCCUUUCAUAUUUUGUUUGAUAAUCCUGGAGAGGUUUACAUAACAAAAGCCCUAAUUUGCAUAAGAAAGCAAAACCCUGAGGUAUUAUGGUCGUAGUAGUCAAAUGAAGUCAUUGUGCAAAUCGCCUUUUAAUUUUGGCCAACAGCUGACCGGCGCGUCCCUAGAUAAGAUCCCAGAAACCAUUGCGGGACGCAUUUCGGCUCCAGUUCCCCUCUCGUUGGGCGAAUAUUUAAAGGCGAAUAUAGAUACCAUCGGCUCUCAACGUCUGAGUGAACAUUAGACUGUUGCUAGCACCUUAAAUUACCGUUACAACACUUUGCACCCUGUUGCAAUCUAACUUUGUCACCUAUUUGACGCGAAUCAAACGUGAUGGAUCAACGGCGUGUAAAAUGUAGAUUUUUUACUUGAUACGCGGUUUUAAUGUACUGUGUUCUCAACCCUACGAGCAGUUAGCUUAAACUAUUUUAUCGUGUACUUGUAAAGGUAAUAAUAAUAAUAAUAAUAAAACUUUAUGUUAAGGGUAACACUUAAUAUUUCUCGAUAAUCUACACUUGGCCCUCGGAAAAAUAAUGAAUGAAAAACACAAAAAUCGAUAAAAAAAAAACCUAUGAUUCAUAGGCGAGAAUUUGAAGAUAAACUAACGAAGGAUUUGCUAAAGAUUGUCCACUUCAGUUCGCUUAAGUUGUUUUCGAAAGACGUCAAGGUUGUAUGAAUAUGUAAAGUGAAAUCAAUUGGAUAACCGAUCGUACUUCCAGUGACAUCGGAGAAGCAGAAAUUAUUCUUUCAAAUUCUGUCACAGACAACUCAACGUUCUCCGGUGAGGAUUAAAGACCGGACUGGCAGAAAAGAGGUAGCCUGCGCGCAAGCACUCCAUUUUGGGAAGUCGCGACAAGUCACGGAAGAGCAACGACUUACGAUAGCGCGUUUUCUCGUGGCUCGUUUCCUUCGCCAUAAUUGAAAAAUUUCGUUGCAGGCUAGGAGAGCGACAAAAAUGGAACCUACUUAACAAAGUUUCACCUAAAAAAAAUGUUCGAACUGGUAGAGUUUUAAAGGUACCCAUAUUAUAUGUAUUCCGGAUAGAGAAAGGCCGAGUUUGCAUUAGGCAAAUUUACAAGUAAUAUGAUGAUCUUUUAACGCGACUUUUUUUGCAACGUAUUGUACGUUAGUUACUUUUCAGAGGCCCCGCCCGCGCGAAGGGGAGGGCAUGGGGAGGGGAAGCCCCCUUCUCCUUUUCUCCCCUCGCGAGUCCUCGAUAAUUCUUCCUUCACCCUAAGAAAAAGCCAGACUAGCCGUUAUCUGGAAGAUUUAGCACGGUUUCACGGACAAAAUUCGGCAAACACCAAACGAACGCAGCGGAAUUCUUCGUCGGACCCUGUCGGUUGUCUCCUGUGUCCGAGGAAGACUGGGUAAAAACACGCUCAGUCAUCACUUUAUCAUUGCCGACUCUUGCAAAUCCUUGCUGAAGGUAAGGAGAGCUUCUCAGUACAUUAUAUACAUAUCUUAGAGUGAUUUACGUGUUAGCAUUAAUCGUCACAAGAAAAGAGCCAAGAUUUUAAGCCUGUAGUGAUGUACGAGUUCGCCUCGCUUGGUUCUUAAAGCACCCGUUAUGCAGGCGAGUACUGAUGAACAUAUGUUUACCGCUAGGUUUACUUGUUGCUCAGAAAUCCCAUGAGUAUAUCGGAUUGUGCUGAUUAUAUUUGCCUUCGUAACAAGCGUUUCCGUUUUCUCGUGUUGAAACGCUUGUUACGCCGGCCAUAGCUGAUAGACAUACUUUAGUUGUGUGGGGGUCCUAGAGAUUUAUGAGAUUCAAAACAAACAGUGCACUGGAGAUUUCUAGUUGUUUUGGUUAGGCAGCGUUGCAAAGACGAGGAGGGUGCUUAGGAUUUUGUAAAUACGGAAGAAAUUGUCUCUCUUACAAUACUUUGCUACAUCAACCAUGAGGGUCAGGGCCUACACGAAGACUUACAUAAAGUACAUACUGUCAAAUUCCGCUUUUGUUAACAAAAUAAUCCUGACAGGGAAAAUUAAGUUGAAUGGCAACCUUAAGAACACAAAAGCUUGAAUUCAAAUUUAACUGUGAAAUUUGGUGACCAGUAUGGGAGAUAAUCUGGGCAUAUAUGUUACUGGGCCCUGAACACUGGUGUGUUUUCAUUCAAGAUUGGUGUAUGAAUAGUUUUGCAAAUAAUACGAAACUGUGAGUUGACCAAAAAGAAAUGGACUGCUUUCUUGACAAGACAAACUUUCAAAAUGUCAGCUUACAGUACAAUGGUAAAUAAUUUCAUUGUACCUAAUUACUACUUGCAUGUAAAAAAUCAGGAACAUUUCAGAAAUGCUUGUAUUGUUGCGUAUUGUUGCAAAUACAUUUAAGAGUUUGCCCAUAUCUUGGGACAGUGCCCCUUUCUUCACCUCACUGGAUUUUAUUGUUUUAGAAAGUUGAGCCUUUAACAAAUAACUUAAUUUAUUUUAUGAUGAAAAGGAUGUCAAGAAACCUAGACCAACACCACAUGGGAAAGAAGUCUUACAAAUGUAAGCAAUGUGCCAAGAAUUUUAGUCAAUCAGGAAACCUAAAGGCACAUCAAAGAGUACACACGAGAGAGAAUCCUUUUGAAUGCAAACAUUGUGGCAAGUGUUUCAGCCAAGCAGUUACAUUGAGAGUUCAUGAAAGACGUCAUACUGGAGAGAAGCCUUAUGAAUGUAAACAGUGUGGCAAGUGUUUUCAACAUAGAGGAAGUUUGAGGGAGCAUGAAAGAGGUCAUACUGGAGAGAAGCCAUAUGAAUGUAAACAGUGUGGCAAGUGUUUUCAAUAUAGAGGAAGUUUGAGGGAGCAUGAAAUAGGUCAUACUGGAGAGAAGCCAUAUGAAUGUAAACAGUGUGGCAAGUAUUUUAGCCAUGCAGCAAAUAUGAAGAGGCAUGAAAGAGUUCAUACUGGAGAGAGGCCUUUUGAAUGUAAACAUUGUGGCAAGUGUUUCAGCCAAGCAGUUACAUUGAGGGUACAUGAAAGAGUUCAUACUGGAGAGAAGCCAUAUGAAUGUAAACAGUGUGGCAAGUGUUUUAGACAAGCAGCAAAUAUGAGGGUGCAUGAAAGAGUUCAUACUGGAGAGAAGCCACAUAAAUGUAAACAGUGUGGCAAGUAUUUUAGACAUGCAACAAGUGUGAAGGAGCAUGAAAGAAGUCAUGCUGGAGAGAAGCCAUAUGAGUGUAAACAGUGUGGUAAGUGUUUUCAACAAACAGGAAAUUUGAGGAUGCAUGAAAGAGUUCAUACUGGAGAGAAGCCAUAUGAAUGUAAACAUUGUGGCAAGUGUUUAAGCAGAGCCGGUAACCUUAGGAGACACGAAAAAGUCCACACUAAAGGAAGGAGGGGUACACGUCAUGGUAACAGACGUGCGUCUAAACGUUUGCUUCGUCAACGCAAUAGC